UGGGAAUGCUUGCAGCUGUAUUGGCAAAGAGGAGCCGUGAUUGUUUUCCAUGUUAACAAAAAUAACUCACGGUAUUUAUCACGGAGUGACCUUACUGCCCACUCCUCUCUCCAAACAGCAUGUUUUCAGUGGAGAGGUGAGACGAGAAGCUCCACCCGAUGUAGGGGAAAGGGGAGGAAUGUCUCUGUAUGGUAAAAUCGGCUGAUAAGGGAGAAUGAAUCACCUUUAGCUCGGCUCUGCUUAGCAGUAGCUGCUCUGGAGAGCUGCCGGCUGGUCAGCCUCGUCUCAGUCCCUGGGAAAAGCAUGGAGCUCAUCCUCCUGAAGGAUGUUUCCAGGCACAGCUACAGAUGUGGAGCAGAUGAGUUCCUCUUCUCCUGUCCUUCCGAUGAACUCCGUGGGCAAUGACCGGGUUGACCAGCGAACCUGCCUGAUCUGUGGGGACAGAGCCACGGGGCUGCACUAUGGGAUCAUCUCCUGCGAGGGCUGCAAGGGGUUUUUCAAAAGGAGCAUUUGCAACAAGCGGGUUUACAGAUGCAGCCGAGACAAGAACUGCGUCAUGUCACGCAAGCAGCGCAACAGAUGCCAGUACUGCCGGCUGCUCAAAUGCCUCCAGAUGGGGAUGAACCGGAAAGCAAUCAGAGAGGAUGGCAUGCCAGGAGGCAGAAACAAAAGUAUCGGACCUGUCCAGAUUUCAGAGGAAGAGAUUGAAAGAAUUAUGUCUGGACAAGAAUUUGAGGGAGAGGCAAACAUGUCAUGGAGCAACAAUGGAGACAGCGACCACAGUUCCCCUGGAAAUGGAGUUUCUGAGAGCAACCAGCCUUCACCUGUUUCUACUCCAUCUUCAAGUAGGUCUGUGGAGCUGAAUGGAUUCGCUGCACUCAGGGAUCAGUAUAUUGGGACGCCGGUGUCCAUGCACUAUCAGUACCUCCCGCACCUUUUUAGCUAUUCUGCUCACUCGGCUCUGAUGCCCCCGCAAGCGCGCAGUCUGGACCCCCAGUCGCACAGCCUGAUCAAUCAGCUGGUGUCAGCGGAGGACCUGGAGCCGCUCGGCACUCCGAUGCUCAUUGAAGACGGGUAUAAAGUGACUCAGGCAGAGCUGUUUGCAUUGUUGUGUCGUCUGGCGGAUGAAUUGCUUUUCAGGCAGAUUGCUUGGAUCAAGAAGCUGCCGUUCUUCUGUGAACUCUCGAUCAAGGACUAUACCUGCCUGCUCAGCUCCACCUGGCAGGAGCUGAUCCUGCUUUCCUCGCUGACUGUUUACAGCAAGCAGAUCUUUGGUGACCUCGCCGAUGUCACCUCCAAGUACUCUCCCUCUGAUGACGAGCUGCACAGAUUCAGUGAAGAGGGGAUGGAGGUGAUGGAGCGGUUGAUCUACCUCUUUCGCAAAUUUAACCAGCUGAAGGUCAGCAACGAGGAGUAUGCGUGCAUGAAAGCCAUUAACUUCCUAAACCAAGACAUUAGGGGUCUGACUAACGCGUCCCAGCUGGAGCAGCUGAACAAGCGGUAUUGGUAUGUCUGCCAGGAUUUCACAGAGUACAAGUACCCCCAUCAGCCCAACCGUUUUCCGGAUUUAAUGAUGUGUUUGCCAGAGAUACGAUAUAUAGCAGGAAAAAUGGUGAACGUCCCGCUGGAGCAGCUGCCUCUCCUUUUUAAGGCCGUUCUACAUUCCUGCAAGACGAGCGCGAGCAAAGAGUGAGCCCAGCUUGCCCCCGACCCGUGCCUUACCCUGUGCCUCAGGCAGGGAGCGGGCUCACCUUGAGAGGAAGGGGGAAACAUGACCAGGGCAGGAGGGAAGUGCUGAGACAGGGCAACGGGUGUCCCUGCCAUUGUAGCAAGAACCUUUUGUGUUUGUUUUUGUUUUUGUACUCUUUUUCCUAUAUAUUUAUUUCACGACAGAGUUGAAUGUAUGAUCUUCAACACGAUGCACAUGGUUCUGUAUGAAUGCAGCAGAUGCAUUCUCCAGCAGUUUACAGAAUGUGAAGAUGUUUAAUGUGACAGUGUUUGUUAGGGUUAGUUCUUUUGUAUUUUGGGGCUGGGGACUGAGAUGACUAAGACUACCUCAAGGAGAAGAUGCUGUUCGCGCACUGCUCUUUCCGUGAUUUGUAUCCAAAAGCGUUUGUCAAAGAGCGCAAACUGCCUCACCUCACUGACAGAGCUGUUAGCAUCCCACAUGGACAGUUUUGGAGAAGUGGGUGUUAGAGAAGUGCCAAGCUUUAUUUUUGUUAUUGUUUAAGGAAAUUAAAAAAAAAAAAAGAUGACAGGGAGAGGAAAAGAAGAAAAAGUUUGUUUAGCCAGUUGGUUUUUCUUCCUCUGGCAGUUCUCAGCCACAAAUGGCAGUGCCCGCAGUUUCCUUGAAUUCUGCCCCAGGAUUGCAGGGCUCCCAGGCCGAGAAGGGCUUGCAAACCCGUUCCCUCCUGGAGCUGCAGGGGUGCGAUCUGCCCUCCGUCUCCAGCCUCAUCAGCUGGGCUGCCACUGCUGCUGCACCUUUCCAUUCGAUUGAAAUUGUGCUGCUGCAGGUCGUAGCAGGCCUCUGGCAUUACAGCAGCAAGGUACUCUUGUUGAGAGAGAGAACUGCAAAUAAGUUCUAAUCGCUUCCUUAACAUCCAUUUUACAUUCAUAAAAGCAGGAGAGAAGAGGCAGGAUUGCCCCUCUUAGUGUAUCCCCCCAAGCUGGUGUCUGUCUGCUGAGAUUUCUGCACUGCAGCCAUCAUCUGGGAACAGCUGACCCACCUCGUGGGUAAAUGAAACCUGCGUAAUGGUGGCCAGGGACUCCAGUAUCCUCUGGCACGCUUUCCUCUGCUGGACUUGGGGAGGGCAUGAUCCACAGUUGUAUUCUGCCAGGACAGUUUUACUGCCCAGUGGAAUUCUUUUUGCACCAGAAAAAAAUGCUGUGAGUGCAGUACUUGGUCAGCUGUCUGUCCCAGGUGCUGCAAGGCUUGGAUUUCCAUCUAGCAACCUCCACACCGCUCCGCUGCAUGGAGAAAUGGUUUAAUGACAGCUGGUUAGCUGCAUGAGUAACUGCUAAGUCCUGGCAUUUAUCUAAAUUUGGGUAUUCUCAUAGGAAAUCUGGCAUCCUGCCCGUGGUGGUGGUGGGGACGUAGGGGACCAGCUCCUGUUCUGAUCUCUCAAUAACAGUUAACUUAGGGAGAUUCCCCUGGGCAGCCACGUUACCCUGUCUGGACUUCCUUCCCUGUAUCUCUAUCGAUGAUCUUCAGGUAACAAAUUCAACAAAUUGUUGAAUGCUGAUUUUAAAAUACUUUGGGAAGCAGCUUCUGUACCUUCAGGGGAGGAGGAACCAGUUGUUCCCUUCGUGUCUUGUCCUGGUAGCAGCUGUGCAUGGCACGCAGUGAGUACUGCUCGGGAGUGAAGCUGCUGUGAGGUGAAGAUGAAUGUGGUGGUGAGCAGGAAUGCCUUCACCAAAGUCUUUCCUUCCCCUGCAUCCCAGAGGGUUCAGCUGCAACCCAAGAGACCUUGUGACCCACUAGCUUGGCACAUCUCUAGGUUAGCCAACAGUGGUGCUGGGUGCUGGGUGCCGCCUGCCCCCCUGCAGGGAUCCUGCCUGCUCCCUUCGGACCUCUCCUCGGAGGCGUGCUGUUGGCUAGCGGCAGACCCAGGGCGGCAUCGCGUUCUUUGUGAUUCUGCUUGGGAAUCUUCCAGCUUGUCAGUUUCCCUUUUCUAAAGUCCACUAGCUGCUCAUUUUUCAUUAUUUAAAUAUGAUGUUACGGGUAACAGCUGCUGGGACCAGCAGCAGUUCGGUUUGAUAGAGCUUCACAAAUCCAAAGCUGGUUCUGUAAAUCUCAUUUACUUUCUGAUUGUAAAAUGAGACAAGCACAUAUUUCUCAGGAAAGCCUUCUGCAUACAGCAUAUACCUCAAGUGUAAAUGGUAAGAGUUUAGUAUAUCUGUUUGUAAGUUAGAAAUUAUUGCUUUUAAGUUUAAUUUCCAAAUAGCUUGAUAUGAUCUUUUUAUUACGGGUUAUCUUCUGGCUUGCUGUUUUAUACACUCAAUGAAUUGUUGAAUUGCAUAGCAGCAAUUUUAUUCUAUGAUUACUGAAUUCUUAUAAUCUGUUGAUGAAUGAGAGUUUGUUUUAAUUAGUGUACAUAGAAGUGGUCAUCUUAUUGCCAAAUACCCAACAAAAAUAACGUAUUCGCUAUUCUGUAUUUAUCCAAAAUACUCCCAAGACUAAUGCUGUACCAAAACCAACAACAACAACCACACCUAAAUUCAUAUAAGAUGAUAAACGGUCACGAAUGUUCUGCUUUCUAUUAUACAAACCAAAUAGUAUAAAUGCUGAUUGGCAGCAGUAUCUGCUAACAAGUAACGGGUUUAUUGUAGGGAGUAAAAAAGCCUUACUAAAUUGACAAGUGAGGCAGAAGCUGAUGUACCAAACCAGAAUGUAACUCACCGGACAGUCAGUCGGAAUAUCUUCUGCACCAAGUCCUCUAAUGACUUGUAUUUUUUAAACAGGGUAAAGUGAAUGUGUUGCAUUGCAAACUCAGGUAUUAUGAGAAGGUAGGAACGUAGCUAGAAAUGUAGAGACAUUAGGUCAGCCGCUAGAUGUAUUUGUGAAUUUGGUUUGAAGGACACCCUGGAAAGGUUGGAAUUUUUGUUCCAUUCUUCACGUAACAUUCAGUUUACAGGGACUCAUAUUUUAUUUGUGCUUAAUGCUAGUAGGGGGAAGUUCAUUAUCUUUGGUACCUAUCUGCUGUUGCUUAUCUGACCUUCUGUCAUAGAGGAAUCAAUCAACAAUAAUAGUCUUUGGUAGAAUUUUCUGCCAUGACAAGUCAAUUUUUAUCCCCGAUUUGAAAGAUAAAUUGGCUGACUGACCCCCUCCUCUCCUUCAUAGUAUUUGUGCAAAUAGAAAGCUGAAGAGUUACUUUUAAUCCGAACAGAGAUUCGGGACAUAAAUUUGAAAUGCCCAGGCUCACAUAUUCAGAGGAGCUCUGCUUCGGUCUCCUAGGUGCUGUUUUACAGCUUGCAGCUCUUCAGCCAGCACAGAGCAGAGCAGGCAGUGCUGCUGCAGGUGAAGGGGAAGAGUCUUCGCUCGAGUGGCAAGACCCCGGGACCUGCACAAAAGCUCUUUGAAAACCUCUGCAUUUUCUUCCGAAGCUUGCCUUUGGGUCAAGCAUCUGUCACACGAACGGAGUCGUGACUCCACUGCGUGCAUCAGAGCAAGUUCUUGUCCUCGACGUGCCCCUAGGGAGGGCCGUGGGAUGGGGGCACUGCCAGGAUGCUCAGAGAUGCCACGCACCUCUGAACCAAUGGGUUCUGGAGAUGGCAAAAUGGGUACAGCAGGAGCUGUCCCUACGGCCAUUUCACACCCAUGCGAGCUCCUUUUUAGUUGUUAAUCCUGCUAGUGGCUGUUCCCUUGCUCAUCUCGCGCCCGUGUCUCGGCCGGGCUCCUGCCGCCCGCGGGGCCGUGGCUCCAUCUGCUCCCAGCUGAGCGCGUGGGCACGGGCUGUGCCGCGGGAGUGACCUGCAUGGGAGGCGGCUGCCGGUCCCCGUCCCGGGGGCGCCGAUCACUCUGAGCCCCUCGCUGCCCGUCCUGCCCCUCCUUACGCGCGGCACAUCUGUGUGCCGGCACGGACAAGGGCUCUUCAGACGUGUGCACAGAACAGAAGCACAGCCAGCUCAGGUUAAUGAUUUUAAGUCUUGUCCUUCAAACCAACCUUAAAAAAAAAACGAAAAAAAAAAAACAACU